CGGGGGUACCGCCCGCAGCGCUGCCCACAGCGUCCCGCCUCCUCCUCGGGCUAUAAACGUGAGGCCGGAGAGCCUGUUAAGGUGUUGUUCGUGCCGAGCCGUCGGGGUAUAGCCGGGCAGCCAGCGUCCCUGGGCGAGGAAGAUGCUGCCGAUCAGGAAGACAGCGAAGCAGGGCAAAAGGGGUAUUCUAGAACGCUUGGAUGCUGGAGAAAUUGUGAUUGGAGACGGGGGAUUUGUCUUUGCUCUUGAAAAGAGGGGAUAUGUAAAAGCUGGACCUUGGACUCCUGAAGCGACUGUAGAACAUCCAGAAGCAGUUCGUCAGCUUCACCGAGAAUUCCUCAGAGCUGGAUCCAAUGUCUUGCAGACCUUCACCUUUUAUGCCAGUGAGGACAAACUAGAGAACAGGGGCAAUUAUGUAGCUGAGAAAAUAAGUUGCCAAAAAGUAAAUGAAGCUGCUUGUGACAUUGCAAGAGAAGUGGCUAAUGAAGGUGAUGCUUUAGUGGCUGGAGGAGUCAGUCAAACACCAUCUUACUUAAGCUGCAAGGAUAAGUCAGAGGUUAAAGCAGCCUUUCAAAAGCAACUGGAAGUCUUUAUGAAGAAGAAUGUGGACUUCCUAAUUGCAGAGUAUUUUGAACAUGUUGAAGAGGCUGUCUGGGCAGUCGAAGUUCUAAAAGAAUCUGGAAAGCCAGUUGCAGCUACGAUGUGCAUAGGCCCAGAAGGAGACAUGCAUGGAGUUCCCCCUGGACAAUGUGCUGUCCAGCUGGUAAAGGCUGGUGCUUCUAUAGUUGGAGUUAACUGCCAUUUUGAUCCAGAAACUUCCAUCGAAACUGUGAGGCUGAUGAAAGAGGGCUUGCAGGCUGCUAAACUGAAAGCCCACCUGAUGUGCCAGCCACUUGCUUUCCAUACACCUGAUUGUGGAAAGCAGGGUUUUAUUGAUCUUCCGGAAUUUCCCUUUGGUCUGGAGCCAAGAAUUGCUACCAGAUGGGACAUUCAAAAAUAUGCAAGAAAAGCCUAUGACUUAGGAAUUCGUUACAUUGGAGGCUGCUGUGGAUUUGAGCCAUAUCAUAUCCGAGCAAUAGCUGAGGAGUUGGGUCCUGAAAGAGGAUUUUUGCCAGAAGCUUCUGAGAAACAUGGUAGCUGGGGUGAUAACCUGAGCAUGCAUACCAAACCGUGGGUCAGAGCAAGGGCAAGAAAAGAAUACUGGGAGAAUCUGAAGCCUGCUUCAGGCAGGCCAUAUUGUCCUUGCAUGUCAAAGCCAGAUGGCUGGGGAGUGACCAAAGGAGCCAAGGAGCUGAUGCAACAGAAAGAAGCAACAACUGAGCAACAGCUGAAGGAGCUCUUCCAGAAAAAGAAGUUCUAAUCCACUGCAGUUGUGUAAAUCUUAAAAUGAUUUAUCUACAGACCAUCUCAUGCUUCAGAAGAAAAUCUGUGAAGAUGAGUACUGUGUUGAUUUAUCAGUUAAAAUGUAAUGAAAGAGACAAAAUGUAGAAAGAAUGUGAUUACAUAGUAAAUGUGUAUAACUUUGAGAAUUAAAUACUUCUCUGGAUGAAUAGUUUAAAAAAUACGCAGUCAAAAUUAAUUUUGGAUUCUCAUACUAAUUGAGCUUCUGUUAGCUGCUUGCCAUUAAUUGGGUAGACACAGAACUACCUGAAAAGUAAUAAUUGGCUCUACUCACCUGUGAAAAAAGAAAAAGCUAUCUAUGAAUACAGUAGCAAUGCACUUCAACUCACAAGUCUGUUUUCAGUUUGGUAUCAUGGGAGGAUAUACACAAACUGCCAAUUUUUUGUGGUCACUUUCCUGGUCAAGAGAAAAUUAAAUCUUAUAAUUGUAAUCAAAACCUAAGGAAAGUAAGAUCUUGCAGGAAUUUCUUAUAUGCAGAGAGCUUUUAGAAGAAAAAAGGGGCAGGUAGGUAACUCAAUUUUUGUCUUCAAGUACCGUGUACACAAGGUUUAGUCUUCUGGGGACUAAAAGGCUUAAGAAAUUACUCUGCAAUCUUAAAAAAAAGGUCAAAUAAAUUAAAAAUAAUAUAAUGAAAUAGUAUUGUAUUAUCUUCACACUUUAAAUUGUAAGACCUCAAAAAGA